CCCAAGGUAAGUGACUGGCAGUGUCACAGACUGAAACUUCAAAUGUACCUCUGAUGUCUGAUAGUUAAGGAAAGUUGGUAAUUUUUUUUGCUAUCAAGUUGCAGCCAACCUGUGACAACCCCAUAGGGAUAACAAGGCAAGCGACAUCCAGAGAUGACUGGCCAUUGCCUGCCUCAGGGUAACCACUUUGUGGUCUCCCAUCCAAAUAUUGACUGGGGCUGGCCCUGCUUAGCUUAUGAUGUCUAGUGACAUUGGGCUAGCCUAGGCUAUUUAGGACAGGGUAGAGAUUGUACAAGCUCAGACAAAACUGAAAAAUUCAGGAGACAUCAUAAUGCAUAUCAGAAGUAAGACAGCUUAUUAGCAAAGCAGUUAUCUUCCAGGGGAAGCUAUUUCUAGCAAGGGUUAUCUUGUCAGGUAGAUGUCUCCAUUAUUAGAACCCUUAGGUAAGUUGAAGAGGUGACUACCUCACAUUGCCUGUUCUUGUCAGUGCAUAAAUAAUUUGGGCAAUAAGGCUCUACAAAACCAAUUCUUUACCUAUAUGUUCUCUGCUUAAAGUUAUCUUCAUAUUUAGUGGCAUUCAAAGGAGACGAUUUGGAGGCAACAGUAAAGCAUAUAUGUGAUGGCAGAAGAUGAGGUGAAGGCCCAGGCCCUUUUUGUUGUAUGGGCAUUUACAGUCCUGUGCUUGGUUUCUUACACUGCUGCAUUCUCCCAUGGUGCCAGCCUUUCAGCAUGUACUGACAUGAGACCCAAACACAUCAGAGCUCAUCUUCAGAAUCCACACAAUAAUUAUAUUACCCUUCACACCAAUAUGUCUGUCUUCUUUCCAGGUGACAAAAUACCAGUCACAGUGAGAAGCACACGUGAUUUCAUGGGCUUCAUGCUGCAAGCUCGCAGGGUAUCGAACGAUCAAAUUGCUGGCACUUUUGUUUACAUUCCUCCUGGCUCCAAACUUCUGGCUUGUUUCGAAGAUGGUGAUACUGUAACCCACUCUGAUAAGUCACUGAAAAGAAACCUCUCCUUUGUGUGGAAGGCACCUGAUCAGCCUAUUGGAGACAUCCGGUUCUUUUUAUCAGUAGUCCAAUCCUACUUUGUUUACUGGGCAAGGAUUGAAUCUUCCACAGUGUAUCAUCAAACGCCAAACAGAACCACUGCUGACCGUAGGGUGACCUUCAGUGCUAUAAAGCCAACACUUUUUCAGCAGCCUCCUAAUCUAAAAGGAGGAUCUAUUACAGGUUCUUCUUCCUACACCAUCUUAACUCAGUUUGCAAAUGUUUCAUCUACCAGCAUGGCUCAGAUUGCAGCAACGCUGAUUUUGGAACCAGGUGAUGGCAGACAGCAAAUGUCUGAGCUCCCUGGCAAGCAAAAUCUUCUCUCCGAAUCCCUAGCAGACUCUGUCACUUCACAUGCCAUCAGCCAAAAUGGAGAAAGGCAACCCAAUGGAAACGGCACAGAUGGUGAACUAAUGCUGGAGUCCUCCCUUCAGUUUCAAGACCUUGGCUUCAUGACACGAGAUUAUUCCUCUGUGCUCAGCAGAUACAACAGGACAGAAAAUGCCUCUAGUAUUCCCAAGUCAUCACUAUGUUCAACAUGUACAGAAGGCAUAGAGGUGGCUUCUGAAUCUUCUAACUGGGGCGUAUGGAAUUUGGUGCUCCCCAUUACAGCUUCACCUCUGAUCCAGCUUUGGGACCCUCUGUUGCUUUCAGAAGUAGGAACAACAUCAAAAUAUUUAGGUGGGGAAAAGGACUCUGAUGCCUCCAGAAGUUUAUCAGCAGCCUCGUGGCAAAUGGUGAAAGAAAACCCAGUGACGCAGAAAGGCCCAGCAAACUUUCUGCCCCAGGCAGAACUUACUGCUCAUAGCCAGGAGAAAGAAGACCAAGAGGCAGAUCCACUCCUGAAGGUAACUAGAACAAUAACUAAAGAUGGUGCUCCUGGAGAUGGAGGGGCAAAGCCUGGCCAACGGCCACAGCUGGUUGCCGCUCAGCUUGGUGUUCUUCUUGGAUGUUCUGUUGUCCUUGGGAUGGUGCUGGCGAUCGGUCUGCGUUGCAUCCAUUCCCAGUAUUGUCACAAGCGAACAGAGGUGUCAUUUAGUGAGCCAGAGAACAACGUGAUUGCCCUGAGAGAGAGCGGGGAGAUGAUGCAUUUCAGAAAGAUACGAGAAAACAGUUUUGUCCUUGUCCAGGCAGAGUACAACUGGAUCAAUCCAGCCAACAGUGGUAAAAAAGCUGUCAUCUAGGCCUCUGCCCAUUCACCUUGUUAUACAUGUGAUGAGUUGAGCCUUUGGUGAAAAUGAAUAUGGAUUAAGAAUACUAUAUUUGGAGCAAUUGCAUAAUGCCACCUAAGCAAAUGCAGUCAAAGUAAGGAAAGCUGAGCAUAUUUUUAUUAUGAUACAGAUACAUCUUAAGUAGAUUGCAGAUGUUAUAAUAUGUAGAUGUUUUGAGUUUUGAAUCUCAUUUAAAUAUGAACUGACACUUUGUUUAAAAUCUUACACUUAAUGCAAUUAAUAUUGAAUGCCAGCUCAUUAAACAGGAUUGUUGUAGCCAUUACAUUUCCUUUGUUGUCGGGAGGUCUGAUCAAAAACAGAAACAGAAAUCCUUUCCUAGCAAUCCACUGUCAGCUCUGAUUUAGUCUCCACCAAAAGUUUCUGCUUCUAUUCUUCUUUCCAAGCCAACGGAAACCCUCUUCUCACUUUGGAAGUGAUGCUGCUGAGCUGCUGUGUGAGAUUUCUCAAAUCGGAAAAAUCGUUUGCCACUUGAACUAACUUUCCUAUUUAGGAAAACAAAGAGCAACAUACUGGUUAAGAGAAUUGAUCUGUGGAAGGCAAACGCUGGCUGACUGUAUUGUGAAUUGAUCUCUGGGAAGGGAACAAAGACAAAGCAAAUGCCACCUUUGGAGAGAGGAACAUAGCUCCUCAUCAGGUGUAAAUGGAGAGGAAGCCUCUCCUAGCCAUUUGCACCUUGAUAAACUGGCAUGUUUAAUUCUGACACACAGUUGACACUUGCUUUGUUUUCUGCUUCGGGUCAGUUAAAAUACAGAGAUUGGAAUAAAAAGGUCUGUUGACAAGUAGAGCUCUGAGGUCAUUUAAGGGAAACUCUAACAAGGGUCCUAUCAAAACUCCUGCAAGCCUUUUGACAUUCUAAACUUCACACAAAAAAAUUGUCUGCAUACUCAGGUGAUGGGUGUGGUAGCUGAAGAAAUUCCCAGGUCUGACACUAUUUUGAGAUUUACAUUUGGUGGGAUAUUUCUGUUUCUUCUUGGAAUGAACACAAAUUGUACACAUUACUAUUUCCCAAUAGGCAGUUUCCUUUCUUUACCCAGCAAUCCCCUGUUUUAGUUCUAGCCAGUCAGUCAGAGAGAGGUGCUAAGAGUAGUUGGAGACCAGAACAUUCGUGACGUCCAUAUUAUUAUAUGGUGGUCCAUAGAACACAAGUUAAGUUUAACAGUAAUUAGAACUAGAAAAAGACUGAAAGAACUGGAAGGAAGCAAGACACAGUGGACUUUCUUGAAAGCAACCAAGAGAAGAUACAGUCUACAGCUUCAAACCUGCUGAAGACAAACAAGUACUCUGAUUAGAUAGAACCAAGGGAGGAGUUAGGGUCUUGUUUCUCUCAAAUAAUAAACCCGUUGUAAGAAUUGUUGAAUCUGGCUUGUGUCUCCCCCACUCUGUCCUAGCCAAGUAUAGGGCACCUCAAACAGAUUCACUUGGGGGACAGAACAGAUGUCCUCCAGUUGGAUUGAACUUUUGAAAAAACAACAUAUGUUUUAAGCUAUGCCACUCAAGAAUAUUUGAUAAAAUAAAACAUUUGAAACAUGAAAAAACAUGGCAGUACAAAUUCUUUUAUAACAAUACCCUUACAUGGUCUAUUGGAGGAUUGUUUUAAAAGAACUGUACUUAAUAGACUCAUCAGCCAUUCUUGGUGAAGGAAAAAGACAACUUCUCAGAGUUUUCUGGAAGGCUUUCCAAGCAGACCUGCACAAGUGCGUCUAAACUUUCUCCUCUCAUUUUGGUUUAUUAAUAACCUUAACCCUCAUCCUCUUUUUUCAAGUGCUGAAAUAGAACAGAACUGACAUACAGGUUGGAGGUGCUCCAUAUCCAGUUGGCAAGUUAUCUCCACAAAUAUCUAGGCCAGGUCAUGUGUAAUUGAAAUGUACAGUUUUCUCACUGAUCAUCAGUACUGACCUGAAUUUGCUAUGCUUUAUGUUCAUGCAAAUGUUUGGUCUUGAAUUUCAUGAAGUUCAUGACAACACAGAAAUGUGAGUGGGGUUCCCCAAAAGGAAACAAUCACCUUCAUUCCUUUGCAAAACCAUUUUCUGCAGGCCAAUACUCAGCAGAAUGAAAAAAUUGCUAGAAUAUGAUUAUUAAAUCAUAUUCCAGCAGAUUCUGCAUUAAAUACAGGAGUGAAUUUUUCAUAAAUUAUUCUCACCAGCAAAAACUCUGGGCACAGUGAUGGUUUCAGCAAAACUGUGGCAAAAAACAAGUUCACUAACAAAACUUGAUAAAGUACAAUAAACUAAUUCCUUUUCAUCAGAAGCAAACAUUGACAAACUCUUUCAGCAUGAAAUGAUGCAGGUUAUAAGUGGAACACUUCUACCAGUGUUCCACAAUAGUGCAGCAGAAGUCAAUAAAAGCUAUAACAGAAAAAAUAAAGGAUUGCAAAAUA